UCUCAGUAAAGAGCAGGAUCCUAGAUCCCCCAAAAAUACCUCAAUCAGUCAACACAGGUGUUCAAUGCUGGCUCCGCUUUUAGGCAGUGCCUAAAUCUAUAUAUUAUCAGACUAAUUGAAUUGGACGUGAAAACAUUACUUUUGUUAUCAAAAAUCAUAAACCUUUUAUCAAUUGGCAAUACAGUAACCCAUAUAAUGUAGAUUUUGACUUCAGACGUUCAGACAACAAAGCAAUGAUAGGAAACACCUCGUUUCGUGAUGUUACUCCUGGGUUACCGCUUAUCUCUUAUCCUCACUCAUCCGCACUUGAUAACAGUUACACAUGGAAGAUAAACAAAUGAUACGCAUGCGUACACAACUGAGUAUACAGUGAGCAAUCUUGUUCUUUUUUUAUUUGUUUUAUAAUAGCUUAUAAAACAUGCUGACUUAUUUAGAAAAUCAAGCAUACUCUCAAAAGCCCUUUUCUUAUUUUCUUGGUCAAAAAAGUAUUAGCGAAGAACUAAAAUAAUGAUUCAAGAAAACUUGACACAUGAGAAUAUUUAUUUCCAAAGUAAGGAGGUAGAAUUAGCAUUUUAUUAAAAUCGUGCUCGUAAUUACCAAUAUACAGUGGACUGUCACUUAAAUAACGGACGUACUUCUUCUUUUUCAAGGCUCCCACUGAUAUUAGCAUUGUUUUUUGUAUUAGAGACAUCUGUUUCACGGUGGGGAUCUUCACUAAGGUGCGAAUAUAAGCUGGUUUGAAUAUUCUUAUCCACUGGAAUAGGCGAAGACGACGAAUAAACAAAAAAGUUGGGAAUUCAUUCAGAGAUCAGGCUCGACUAGUUUCACCAUGUUACCAAACAAUACAAAUCAGAACGAAGACUUGGUGAGUGUCAGGCGACAUAUCGCACUAGCUGUUGCUAUUUGCCUGGCUAUUCUUGCGGUUAUUGGAGUAAUUAUCAACGGACUCAUGCUUGUUGUAAUGAAGAGAGACCCACAGAGGUCGUUUUUGGGGAAACCCAAGACUCUUUUAGACUGGGCAACGUUCCUCUUUCACUUUUUCGCUGGGACAAUAAUCGCUACUGCAUUCAUCGCUACCGAUGUCAUCUGGUUGGUCCAAGGAAAGACCUUGAACACGCUGGAGACAAUAGGGUUUAUUGGGAUAAACCUUAUGAUCGCUAAUCAGAAUUUCAGUCUGAUAUUAGCGAUACUGAUAGGUACCGGUGGAAUAACGAAGCCCCAUCUCGCCCGUCGCGUUCUAACCCGGAGGAACCUUGCUAUCUCUAUAACCACAUUUCUCGUGGUUUCGUCAGUGUUCAGCGGUAUGCCAUUUACCGGAGUUCACCGUCAGUUCUUCCAUCUAUUAUACCUCAACCUCUUUAUCACAUUACCUCUCCUUGUAAGUUUAGUCAUCUAUGCUGGGACGUAUCUGUCCAUCAGAAACCAAGCCAAAGUCAGGCCUGUGAACGGUGGCAUCGAGAUGACAGCCGAGAAAAUCGAAUCGAACCGGAGGAAACACAAUCGCAUAGCACGGAACUUCCUUGUCACAGCUAGCGCAUUCUUUGCGCCGUUUUUGAUAUCUAAUCUUACUUGGUAUAUAACUCAAAAGAUGUUCUUUCUUAAUGUGGAGGUUUCAUUACAGAUAUCAGAUCUAACUUCGUUUGUUAUGAUCCGAGUUUCACUGUUAAUUUUGUUCAUUUUUCCUACUUUCAAUCCACUUGUUCUGAUAAUUUUCAUCCCAGAAUAUGGACGGGCGGUCAAGUUUGUCUGUCGCUGCCGAUAAACUAAAGUUUCAUUUUAAAAGCAAAAUGUUAUAUAUGAAUAACGCUUGGGAUAAAACAAAAUUACAUCAAUUCAAGAUUUCUCGUUAUUAUUUGUUCAAAAACAAUCAAUAAAAGUCAGAUUUUUAAUGAGA